UCGUCUCAUCUCCUGAUUUCUCCACGUGCUCUCGAUCCGAUCGCUCUUUCUUCUUCACUCCGAGAUCAUCGCGAUCUCUAGGUUUCCUUAUCUAAUUUCCCCAAAUUUUCUGUUAAUUUUGGCCGAUGCAGUUCUAAUUUCGCAUCUCUAGUCUAUAUCUUUGUUCCUUUAUGCUAAAAGUUUGAAAAUUUAGAGUAGCUAGGGUUUAGUGUGGUAGUCUUACCCAUGGAUUCGGUAUCGGAAUCUAGGGUUUUAACUCCAUGGAGCUAGUGUCUAUGGAUGAUCUAAUAGGAGUCGUGCUAUGGUGUUUUGAUUGAUUUGUUCUCCCUAUGGAAGUUGAAUCCAGGGAUGCCUAUGGCUUUGCAGUGCGGUCACAACACAUACAGAGAUAUCGAGAAUAUGCUAAAAUCUACAAGGUGGAGGAGGAAGAGAGAUCAGAGAAAUGGAAAGAUUUCUUGGAAAGGUGUUGUGGAGCUGGAUCUCCCGAGUUGCCUUCAAACGAUUCAGUGGAAAAAGAUACUGAUAUUGAAUCCCCAGAGGAAUCUUCGAGCAGUCAAAAGGAGGAUUCUGCUGAAGGGGGAAAUAGUGAAUGCGAUGCUUCAGAAGAAAUUAGCUCAGACAAUGCUGUCGAUUCUACACAAAAGGAGACAGUGGAGUCUCACGGGAAAGAGAAAAGUGAGGAUAAAGUCGAAUUAUGGGCUGAGAUUAGGCCUUCUCUUAGUGUUAUCGAGCAUAUGAUGAGUUUCCGCGUGAAAAAGAAGAAAACUUCAGCCAGCAGGGAACCUAAUGUUGGGAGAAGUAGAAGUAAGAGAAACCUUUCUUCCAUUGAAGAAGGGUCAUCACCUAGGGAGGAAGACUCCGAUGAAGAGUUUUAUGAUAUGGAAAGAUCGGAUACAACCCAAGAGGGGGCCACAGAUGAAGGUGUUAGUGAUGAUUUGGCAGUGAGUACAACUCAGGAGCAAUUCCCAUGGAAGGAAGAGCUGGAAUGCCUGGUUCAGGGGGGAGUUCCAAAGGCUCUUAGGGGAGAGUUAUGGCAAGCCUUUGUCGGUGUGAAAACACGCAGGGUGGAUGGUUACUAUCACAGUCUCUUAAAUACAAAAGAUGAUGCUGGUGGCAAUGAGCUUAAUGGCUCCCUUUCAAAUGGCACUGGAAGCGUUCCAAAGAAAGCUGAGAAAUGGAAAGUGCAGAUAGAGAAGGAUUUGCCUAGAACGUUUCCAGGGCAUCCUGCUCUAGAUGAAGAUGGGAGAAACGCUCUAAGGCGUCUUCUCACGGCAUAUGCACGUCACAAUCCCUCUGUUGGGUACUGUCAGGCCAUGAACUUCUUUGCAGGCUUGUUACUGUUGCUGAUGCCAGAGGAAAACGCUUUUUGGACCUUAAUGGGUUUAAUUGAUGACUAUUUUGAUGGCUACUAUUCUGAGGAAAUGAUAGAAUCUCAGGUGGAUCAACUUGUUUUUGAGGAGUUAGUGAACGAGAAAUUCUCAAAACUGGUUAAUCAUCUAGAUUACCUCGGUGUUCAAGUGGCAUGGGUUACUGGAGCUUGGUUCCUUUCCAUUUUUAUGAAUAUGCUUCCCUGGGAAAGUGUUAUUCGUAUCUGGGAUGUCCUUCUCUUUGAUGGUAACCGGGUGAUGAUAUUUCGGACGGCUCUUGCUUUGCUGGAGUUAUAUGGACCUGCAUUGGUGACAACUAAGGAUGCUGGAGAUGCAAUUACAUUACUGCAAUCCCUUGCUGGAUCAACCUUUGACAGCAGCCAACUUGUCCUGACAGCUUGUAUGGGUUACCAAGGUGUGAAUGAAAUAAGAUUGCAAGAGUUACGAAACAAACAUCGGCCAGAUGUUUUAGCUGCUAUGGAGGAAAGGGCUCAAGGACUUGCUUCUAAGGACUCCAAGGGCCUUGCAUCUAAACUAUAUAGCUUCAAACAUGAUCCAGGAUCAUUACUACAAGAGACCAAUUCCAAAGAAGGAGAAGGUAAGACACAUCCAAAUGGGGAUAUGCAGGCCGAAUUUGAGCGAUACUUCAAUGGUCAUGUUGCUGAAACGGAGUUGGAUUCUGUACCUGAUCUUCAAGAACAAAUCACAUGGUUGAAGGUCGAGUUGUGCAAACUGUUGGAGGAGAAAAGAUCCACUAUUCUCAGAGCAGAAGAACUGGAGACAGCAUUGAUGGAGAUGGUAAAGCAGGAUAAUCGACGCACGUUGACUGCCAAAGUGGAGCAGUUAGAGCAAGAGGCAGCUGAGUUGCGGAAGGCCCUUUCAGAAAAGCAGGAGCAAGAGAGUGCAAUGCUUGAGGUCUUGAUGCGGGUUGAACAAGAACAAAAGGUAGCAGAGGAUGCUCGUAUUUCUGCUGAGCAAGAUGCUGCUGCUCAACGAUAUGCCGCUAAUGUGCUACAGGAAAAAUAUGAAGAAGCUAUGAUUUUAUAUGGACAAAUGGAGAAGAGGGCUGUAAUGGCUGAAACAAUGUUGGAGGCUACAAUUCAGUAUAAUUCUAGUCAACUCAAAGUCUCUGCACCUUCAUCUCCAAGAACCCCACGGCAAGAAUCCUCUCAAGAUGCGCCCGUCAGAAGGAUAAGCUUACUUUCUCCCUUUGUUGGAUGGCGUGACAGGAGCAAGGGCAAACCAAGCAACUCUGAGGAUUCCAGCGUAGGCAAAAACUCAAAUAGCAGAGAGGGAAGUGGCAAAACACCAAGAGAAGUGUUGAAAGAGCAACAAGCAAAGGCUGUGAAUGAUCAACAAGAAAAAGAUGCUAACGAUCAACAAGCAAAAGAUGUUAAUGAUGAGCAAGCUGAGGGUGAAUAGCACUCUUGACGUAGAGGAGCAUCUAAACUCAUCUAGUGGCCGAGAAUGCUGCUAUACCAGAUUCGUCUAAUUAUAACGAUUUCCUCAGCUAUAAACAAGUUUCACGAGGAAAUUGGGUGCCUACGCUACAGUAUCAAUUGGGUACGCAGUUUUUGUUCUACUUGAUGGGCAAAAUUCGUUCCUUAAAUAUCGUAAGCUCUGCCCGUGCUUUCUCAGAAUACAUCGAAUCAAACCUUCAAUUUUGUAAGGUGGAUUUUCCUCCUGUCGGCCUGCUUGCAGAAGAUUGUAUGUUGUGAUUCAUUCCAGUAUCUGUAUAGUUGUGAUCUACCUAUGCAAAGAACAUGCUCGAGGAUGUUAGUUACCCAUAAGAUAAUUGAGAAUUACAUUUCAAAAAUUUUGUUCGUAAUUCUCUUAGUAGACAACUGAAGGGCAAUGUAAAUUGUGUAGGAACUGAAGGCAAUUAUCUGUGUUUUCCUGUCAAUAAACUGGUAAAAAGAGUGGAUUUGUUUAUAUAUUACAAUAUUUGUUUCUCUAUGGAGGAUAUGGAUACAAAUAUUACUGUGUUA